AUAAACAGGAAUGCUGGAUUAAUCGUUAGGCUCGCUGGCUCGCGUGCACGUGGACAGGAUCAGUCCAGUUGUCGCGGUACCGCCACUAAACGAGUUCAUUGACAAAAAUUGAGGAAAAGAUGGGAAAGAACAAGGCACACCACAAGACCAAAAAUGUGUUCAAGGUAGCCGGAGCUCGUAGCCUCAAGCAUAAAAAAGCUAAAGCGCAGAAGGUCUCCACAGAACUGAAGAAAUUGAACGUAAAAUCUGAGAAGAAAUCUGGUAAGGUAGGAAAAACAACAGAGGUGGACAAACAGUUGGUGGAGCUACGCAAAGAAAUGCUGCAGGGAAAACCAGGAAAGGUUGUCAAAGAAACGGGGAAAAAAACUAAAGCCAGACAGAAUGCAAAGGCCAACACUCGAAUGGCGACAAGAGCUCAAACUGAAGCAGCGGCCAACUUAGUCGAGGGGAUGCAAAUAUAAAUAAACAUGUCAAAG